UUCAAAGGGGCUAAAUUACCAAAUAUAGCGCCCCAUGCAUGCCCUUGCAUGAGCUACUUGGUGUUGGUCGCCCAACAUAUCCCUCGGCACCAGCAUAAAUAUGGGGCAUGGCAUGGGGUGAAGAAACCAAUACCCCGUUUAUCCUCUCUGAUCACCUCUGAUCAUCACGGUUUGUAGCGGCACUCUGGCCUACCUACACUCGAAUAACAUCCCCUCUCUUCGACUCAGCCCAUCCACUGUGUAACCACCAGUUUCCUAAAUACUCCUUCUCGCCAGUAACGUUGUCACCACGCUUAUUAAGCACACGCACCAUGAGGUUGCUCAAUACUACCACGCGGAGACUCGAGACCUUCAGCACUCCUCCCCUUUACGCCGUUCUUUCCCACAGGUGGGGCGCCGAAGAAGUUACUUUCCAAGAUAUCCAAGACGGCAGUGCAGAGCUCAAAGAGACUGCAUACUCCAAGAUCAUAAAUACCUGUUCCGUCGCUGCCGCCGGGGGUAUCGACUACGUGUGGAUAGACACGUGCUGCAUCGAUAAGACGAGCAGCGCCGAGCUCUCCGAGGCUAUCAACUCCAUGUACCGCUGGUACCGAGAGGCAAUUGUAUGCUAUGCCUACCUCGCCGACGUCCCCAACAAGAAGUUUACGCAGAGUGAGUGGUUUCGACGGGGGUGGACGCUCCAGGAGCUCAUCGCCCCCUCGGUUGUCAUAUUCUUCGACAGCGAUUGGCAGGAGAUCGGAUCGAAGUCGAGUCUCCAGCCCGCCGUAUCAAAGGCUACGGGCAUUCCGGCUGAAGUGCUGCUCGGCGGAAACGUCGGGCAUACUAGUGUCGCCCAAAGAAUGUCGUGGGCAGCGAAGAGGGAGACAACCGUUAUAGAAGACCUCGCCUAUUGCUUAUUGGGCAUAUUCGACGUCAACAUGCCUAUGUUGUACGGGGAGGGUGUGAAAGCCUUUGCCCGGCUUCAAGAGGAGAUAUUGAAGACGACGGACGAUCUCAGCUUGUUCGUUUGGAAAGAAGAAGGAGCGGACAGGUCCAGCGGCCUCCUGGCACCCUCCCCGGGCGCGUUUCGCUACUCGGGUGCCGUUAGACGCUCCAAGCCCACCAACGGCCCCUCUUUCAUUAUGGAUAACAAGGGCAUCCACUUGUCCAUCCCCCUCAUCACUGUCAAACGCAGGGAGUCCCCUUUUGCCAUCAUCCACUCGGGGGAAGAUGGGAUGGACGUGGGUGUGUGGUUGAGCGCACUGACAGAAACGGGUGACUACUUUGAGAGGAGGACCGCUGGCAACUUCGUUUCCCUCAAACAAGGGGAGCCAAUCGCCGACGAGGUGCGCAGAGAGGAGAGACGGGUGUGCGUCCGGCAGACCCGCCCUCCGAACCAAAGCCGGUCACCGCUAUGGAACGUCAGCGCGUUCGGGCGAGGGAUAACAAUGGGCCUGCUCUUGUCCCAGAGCGGCUUCAGCGUCGACGACAGAGAUGAGACCGGUCGGACACCGUUGUGGUGGGCCGUGGAAUAUAAUAACGAGGAUACCUUCCAAUUUCUUUUAGAGCACGGAGCCCGGCUAGAAUCUCGUGGGCCGUCCGGCUUGACGCCACUAAUGCGCGCCGCGGCGAGUGGGCGGCCCCAGAUGAUAAGGCUGCUUCUCGACAAGGGUGCAGACAGUCAGGCCCGAGAUUUCCAAGGUCGGACGGCGGUAUAUCAAGCGGUGGCGAACGGCCACUGUGAGGCGGUGAAGGUCCUGCUCGAUGAUAAGGCGGACCUAGAGGUGCGGGACAACGGGGAAAGCACGGCGCUAGCGCUUGCGGCUGCACGGGGACACGCGGAGGUUGUAAAACUACUCCUGAGCUAUGGAGCAGGGGUAGAGGCGAGGGACCGGUUUGGCCAGACUCCUCUCUCGCAAGCAUCGAUGUGCGGGCACUUGGAAACGGUGAGACUGCUUCUGGAGGCAGGUGCCGAUUUGGAAUCGAAAGAUGAUUCUGGUUGUUCCCCAUUGAUCUGGGCUGCGGGGAAAGGCCAUGCUGGUGUUGUGAGGCUGUUGCUCUGUAGUGGUGCCAAUGUAGAGACGAAGAACGAGCGGGGUUCCACGCCACUAUCUGAGGCCGAACGUUAUGGGAAUAGCAAGGUUGUGAAUAUUCUUCGUAAGGGAGUUUAAGUUGUAUACAUAGCGAGGGGAAAAUACUACACAGCCUGCUUUCA